CGUUACGAUUCACAAAGCAUCUCCAAUUUUUAUUGCCUCUGCAAGCCCUAGAGCUCAGAUCCGACGAUAUCGAAGCUGAUCGCCAUGGAGUAUACCACUCGAAGAAGUCAAGGGGGCCUCUUUGAAGGUCUAUACAGGCUGGUCAUGCGCCGCAACUCCAUCUACGUCACCUUCGUCAUUGCCGGAGCUUUCGCCGGUGAACGGGCUGUUGAUUAUGGAGUUCGUAAGCUUUGGGAACACAACAAUGUUGGGAAACGUUAUGAAGACAUUCCAGUUUUAGGGCAAAGGCAAUCAGAGGAAUGAGUUGCAGUCCUUUUUCUUGCCAUUUUGAAGUUUCAUGUUGAAUAUUCGGAGCAAAGCAUUGAUGUAGUGUAGUUAUUUUUGCAAUAAGUGUAAUUUGUUUGGAUGCACCAGGCUUGUUACUAAACCAUUGUUUCCUACAGCUGUGCCUUGGGGGAUGGUAACACAAGCAUAAACUAUGUAUGGUUACAAUGAUUUGGCUGAAAACACUGAAUUGUUCAGUUUGAAUUCCUAAACAGAUUUCGUCCUUGUUUGUUUUCU